UUCGUUUAAUUAGAGGCAUAACCACAUGGCAUCAGCUGAAGAAGACACUGAAUUGUCUGGAACUGAGAAACAAAUUGAAGAAGAUGGAAAGAGUGAAGGACUCACCUUCUCUGACAUAGGCAUCACUUCAGUUUUGUGUCAAUCAUGUGAAGAAAUGGGCUGGACCACUCCCACAGAUAUACAGAGAGAAGCAAUACCAGUAGCACUGGAAGGGAGGGAUGUUAUUGGCCUAGCAGAAACUGGAUCCGGUAAAACUGGUGCUUUCUCUCUUCCAAUUCUCCAGUCGCUAUUGGACACACCCACUAGACUAUUUGCACUUGUUUUGACACCUACAAGGGAAUUGGCUUUUCAAAUAUCGGAGCAGUUUGAGGCUUUGGGUGGUAGAAUAGGAGUCAAGUGUGCUGUUGUAGUUGGAGGAGUGGACAUGAUGACACAGGCAUUGGCACUUGCUAAGAAGCCUCAUGUUGUAAUAGCAACACCUGGCCGCCUUGUUGACCAUCUGGAGAACACAAAGGGGUUCUCCCUUCGUUCAGUAAAGUACCUAGUGAUGGACGAGGCUGAUAGGAUUCUUAAUAUGGAUUUUGGAGAAGAAGUUGAUAAGAUAUUAAAGGUGCUCUCACGGGAGAGAAGGACUUAUCUUUACUCUGCUACAAUGACAAAGAAAGUUCAGAAACUUCAAAGAGCUUCACUGCAUAAUCCUAUAAAGGUUGAAGUAUCUACAAAGUAUCAGACUGUCGAUAAGUUACAGCAAAGUUACAUAUUCAUACCAAGCAAGUAUAAGGAUUGCUAUUUGGUUAGCAUAUUGAAUGAGUUUGCUGGUAACUCCUUCAUGGUUUUCUGUAGUACAUGUGCUAACACACAGAGGACUGCAGUUAUGUUACGUAAUCUCGGUCUGCCAGCUAUUCCACUUUAUGGAAAAAUGGCACAAAUGAAAAGGUUAGGAGCUUUAAGCAAGUUUAAGUCAAAGUCCCGCUCCAUCCUCAUAGCGACUGAUGUUGCCAGUAGAGGGCUGGAUAUACCCCACGUUGAUGUGGUCAUUAAUUUUGACAUACCAACACAUUCAAAAGAUUACAUUCACAGAGUCGGACGAACUGCUCGAGCUGGUCGCUCCGGCCGGGCCAUCACAUUCGUCACACAGUAUGAUGUUGAGCUCUAUCAGAGAAUAGAGUCUCUUAUAGGUAAGAAGCUACCUUUAUUCCCGACUGUUGAGGAAGAAGUACUGAGUCUGGCCGAGAGGGUAGCAGAGGCACAGCGAUAUGCUAGGAUGGAGAUGCAGUCCGAGGGAGGUCGGAAGAAAGGGAAGGGUAAGGCUGGAAGAGAAAUGGAGGAAGACAGUGAAGAGAUGGAGCUACUCCCAAAGAAAAGAAAGAAGAGAAAAUAGUGAGAUUAUAUUAACAAUAAACAUUAUCAUUGUAAAGAGUUUAAUGAAUAAUAGAAACCUGACAAAAUCAAUACUUAUUGUAUAUUUAAUACUGUUUGAAUACUGAAAAA